AUUUUCCAUUUAUAAUCAUAACCAAAUUCGAGCAAAUUCUUGAUACCUUUCAACUUCUUAUUAGCAUCAUGACUGGUCUCCACCGCCAUCACAAGGAGGAUGCAGCGCCUAAAGACCCGAAGAAGGCAAUGAAGCACCAUAAACACCUUGAACAUCUCGGCAAAGCUACUACCAUUGCUGCCGGUGCUUAUGCCCUACAUGAGAAACAUCAGAUCAAAAAAGAUCCAGAGCAUGCCCACAAGCACAAGGUAAAAGAAGGGGUUGCUGCCGCGGUUGCAGUUGGGGCUGCUGGAUUUUCAUUCCAUGAACAUCACAAGAAGAAGGAAGCCAAAAAAGAACUUAAGAAAAACAAGCACAAACACUAGUUUAUAAUGAGUCUCCAUUAUUAAUUUUUUUCUUUCUAUUUUACGAUUAUGUGUAGAAUUUUUAUCAUAAAUUGUUUUUUGUGAUUGAUUGUAUGAACCAUUGUUAUCUUUGUAUUUAUUUUUUUUUUCAUUUUAUAUAUGAUCAUUUAUUUAAAUUCUUUUUGUACCAUGUGAUCAAUUAUUGUCUUAUUUUUGUGACUAUUAUGGAGUAUUCUCUAUUUGUAUCAUCAACUUUAAAGUAGUAUUCAAUAUAUAUUACCUAUCAAAUUAUUACGUGUGUCAGCGCAACAACAUAUGUCAUAUG